AUUUCGAUAACUAAACAACGCGAGUAUUUCUAGUUUUCACUAAUGUUUCCAAGUGGUAAACAUUUUGAAGAAGCUGUGUGAUGUAGUGCUAUUACAAUGUUGCUAGAUGUAGCCAUAUAGUUCCGUCACACAUCUCCAAUGCAACUACAUUGCUCGCUUUCAAAUGCAGUGAUAGAUGGAACACCCACAUCUGUCGUGUUUAGUUGCAUCUGCCUGCCACCGAAACCGAAUUCGGUUUGCUAUCAGUAUUAAAAACACUUUGCGACGAAGCGAAUCUUAUCUUAUCGCGAUACUCCUCGCUGUUGAUCACUAGUCAUCUAACGAAUCAAAAACUCUCAGCUUUAUAGUCAUAUCACGGGUCGACGAUAGCUCAGUCUAGCUAGAACUUUCCGCGUGAGUGGAGCUGUAAUUCAUUCAACAAUUUUUCGAUUAGAUUGAUUUGUUUUCGGUGGCCAUGUCUUCUGUUAUGCAUCGCGUUCUCUCAAUUCAAAGCCAUGUAGUGCACGGAUAUGUUGGUAACAAAAGUGCCGUUUUUCCAUUGCAGGUUCUUGGUUUCGAGGUGGAUAACAUCAACUCAGUGCAGUUCUCAAACCAUACGGGCUACACCAGUGGAUUCAAAGGUCAGGUCCUGAACGAGAAGGAACUGGCUGAGCUAUUUGCCGGUCUGGUAGCCAAUGACUUGCACAACCAAUAUACCCAUCUCCUCACGGGCUACGUCGGAAACCCAACUUUUCUGAGAGAAAUUGCGAAUAUUCUUAAGAUUCUGCGGUCCAUUAAUCCAUCCCUUAUUUACGUCUGCGAUCCGGUGAUGGGUGAUGAUGGCAUCAUGUACGUGCCGAAGGAACUGCUACCGAUCUACCGUGAUGAAAUUGUACCUUUGGCAGACAUCGUGACCCCGAACCAGUUCGAAGUUGAACUGCUCACAGGCAAAACUAUCAGCUCGGAACAAGACGCAUGGGAUGCUAUCGAGUGGUUCCACAAUAAAGGAGUAAAAACUGUGGCCAUUUCUUCCUCUGAGCUUGGUGGAUCCAACUCCUUGUUAGCACUUGUUAGCCAUAAGGAAGGUGCCAAGUCACAACGUUGUCGUAUGGUAAUACCAAAGCAAGGAAACGGAAUUCGCUUCACAGGCACGGGGGAUCUUUUUGCAGCUUUAUUUUUGGCUCACUCUACCUUGACCAAAUUUGAUAUGUGCGCCACGCUUGAACGAACAAUUGCUAGUUUACAAGCUGUCAUCACCAAAACCUUAGAAUACAUUCCUGAGGAUGUGAAGGCCGGUAAGAAGGAGGUCACUUCUACACAACGUGAGCUGAAAAUCAUCCAAAGCAAACCAGACAUAGAAAAGCCAAAGGUUACAUGUUACUGUUCUAAAGUUUGAACAGGCCUGUUAUGUUUGAUUUGUUGUUUUUUUUUCAAUUUGGGACAAUAACACAUAUAAAUUAUUACUAAAUUGCAUGUUACGUUAUGAAAUAUUAUAGAGUUCGGGAAUAAAAAAAUAGACUAUUUUUUGUUAUAACGUA